AUGAUAAAGAACGAAUUAGAUUACUUAAAAUAUAUCAUCUGUGAUAUAUUUGGAUCGUGUUGUAGUGACAUCGUCGAGAUAAUUCUUCUUUAUGGUAAUAAGCUCAGCAUAUAUGAGUUAAUAAAUUUAUCCUCUUACGAGUUCAAUGUUGUAAGAAAUGUUUUAUUAUGCUUACUUAUUCACAAUAUUGUGGAUGUAAAUAUAAUUUAUAGUAAAUCUAUUGAAUGUAAUCAUUUGUCUCCAGAGGAAACUAGAGGCGUGAUAAAUGUAUAUGAUAAUAAUAAAAUGAAUCAACAUAGUAAUAAUGAAAUGAAUCAAAAUAGUAAUAAUAAAAUGAAUCAACAUUGUAAUAAUAAAAUGAAUCAACAUUGUAAUAAUAAAAUGAAUCAACAUUGUAAUAAUAAAAUGAAUCAACAUAGUGAUAACAAAAACAAGUACCUUUUUAAGGUUGGUAUAAAAAAAAAAAAUAUAAUUUCACACCAUAAACAUAAUGAAGAAUUAAAAACCAUUCCAGAUAUAAAAAAUGAAGAAAUGCAAUCAUUCAAUUUUUUGUGUAAUAGUAAAAAUUAUGAGUAUAUGAAAAGAUGUAAAUGCGAUUCAUGCAUUUGUAAAAUUAGGAGAGUAGAAUAUUUUGUUAUCAUAAAAAAUAUAUAUGUCCUUGUAAGAUACCCUUCCAUACUUUAUUAUAUACACCCUACCUCUAUAAUCAAAGAUAAGAAAAGUAUAACAUCUUUAAAUAAUUUUUCUACCACUUCUUCUGAUUUACAACUUGAUAUUAAUACCUACAAUUUUUUUAAUACUGAAAUGAUUGAUGAAUUUGAAGAUUUAACAAAUUUAUGUGAUGACAAAAAUGGCGACAUAAUCAAAAAUAAUAACAAUAAUAAUAAUAAUCAUAAUCAUAAUAAUCAUAAUAAUAAUAAUCAUAUAAAUAAUCAUAAUGAUGAUUAUUUACAUAAUAGGAACCAAAUCCAAGAUGAUACGUUUUUUCGUAAUUCCAAUGGCCUUGUCGAAAAAAAUGAAACUCUCAACUUUAUUAAAAAAAUUAUUCUUAUAAGAAUUAUAAAAAAUGGUAGAAUGACCAUAAAUAAAUGUAUAGAAAACUUAAACAAUGAUGACUAUGCUGAAGUUUGUAAAAAAGAUGUUCCUGAGGUAAAUAAAAAUUAUUUGAGAUUCUUAUUUUUACAAUUAUUAAAAAAAAGAUUCAUAAAGAAAUGUAAAUAUUUUAAUGAGCAUGAAUGUGAAAAUGAUAAACGCCAAAAAUACGAUGUGAUGAAGAAUGAAGUAAGAAAAAAUGAUAAUUACAAAAAAAUGUAUACAAAUAAUAUGAAACAUAAUUCUAAUGAUAUUGACCUUGUGCAAAAUGAUCCAAUAGACGACACAUCAUUGUUAUUAUAUAACCACACAAAUGAAAACAACAAUAAUAAUGAUAAAAAUAGUAUUAACCUUAAUAAUAUUGGUUGUAAUGAUAAUGUAACCAACCCGGAGAAGUCAAUACAUUAUAGCCCUUAUAACGAUAUCUACCCAAAUGAUUAUGCACAUACAACGAAAAAGAUAUAUAAUAAAAAUAUAAUAAAUAACAAAAAAAAAAAAAAAGAUACUAGAAAAGAUGAAAUUUGUGAUAAUACAGAUAUUUCAAAAAAUAAUUUGAAAAAAAGAAAAAUCGAUGAUGAUAUCAUAAUAAAAGAACAAGAAAAUUAUAUGCCCAAUAAUAUUGAUGAACAACAGAAAAAAAGAGAAGUUAUAAAACAAUUACAUAAUGAGGAUAUUCAUAUAAAAACGAAUAAAUCCAUAAAAAAUUAUAACGAAUAUAAUAUAAAUGGAAUAUAUAAAAAUAAUCAUAAUGAUAAUUUAUUAAAACUCAUAGAUAAUAAAUAUACCUAUUUCCAAGUUGAUAAUGAUACGCUAUCAAUUAUUUAUCUUAAACAAGAAUGUUUUAAUUUUAUUACUCAUUUUUUUAAUUUGAAUGAAGUAUCUAGAUGUAUAUUUUAUGUUUUAUUAAAUAAUGUAAAAUUUUAUUAUUCGCAAGAAGAAAAUGAUUAUAAAGAGACAUGUUUAUUUUUAUCAUUUGAAUAUAUAGAGAAAUGUGUAAUAAGCAAAUUAAAAAGAAAUAAAAAUAUAUUUGUUGAUAAACAUGUGGUAUUACAAAAUUUAAAUGCAUUAAUAAAAUUACCUGAUCAAUUAAUACAAAUUAAAUGUAAUCAAGUUAUAACAUAUGCUGCAGAUUUUGUUAAUAUAAAAAAUAUUUAUAAAAAAAAAAUUAUCUCAAAUGUUCUAGAAAAUAUGACAGGUCUUGAAGCAUUAAGAAUAUGGAAAUAUCUACUAACAAAUUCGGAAGAAAAAAUAAAUGAUGAACUUAUAAGUGAAAAUGUUCUAAUACCUUUAAAUGAUGUCAGAAAAAAAUUAUAUCAUUUAUUAUAUCAUGGAUAUAUUAAAGCACAUGAAUAUAACAACUCAAAUAAUAAUAAAACAUAUAUAAAACAUUCAUUAUCAUUCUCUACUGAUUUUUAUUUUACUAGUAAUAAAGUUAAAGAAAAUUUAUUUACUAUAGCAAAAAAUAUUUAUAUUAGAAAAUUUCUAGAAAAUAAUGAAAUCAAUACAUUACACAACAAAUCGAAUAUUUGUAUUAACGAAACGCAAGAUCAUAAUAAAAAAAAAAAAAUUACAUUAACCUCAAAGGAAUAUGCAGUGGAUUAUUUAGAAAUGGCUUUAAUAAACAUGGACAAGCUUAUAUUCAUAUUCUCAUCAUAA